UAACUCCCCCUCUAUAUCUCAUCCGGUCAUUUUGGCGGCACCAAAACCGCCACUUUUCCUUCCCACUCCCCACAUUCCACUUUCUUUAGUCGUCCUCUCUCUCUCUCUCUCUCUCUAAAGAUUUUGCACAAUUUCAUCACCGUGGAUUUAGCAGUUGCUUAAUAUAUACUGUGAAUAUGCACGUCCUGUUGACAGUUUUAAUUUGUUGAUUGUUAUUUCUUCCAUCAUAGAUAGAUGUACAGAGAGACUGAGGAGAAUGAGGGACUCUUCAGACACUUCUUCGUUCUCUCUCUCCAGCCUCCUCUGCCAUGAAGAUCAAUCUUGCUUAAAUCAAUUGGAAUUUGAAUCAAACACUUGCAUAGAUUCAGACCCAUGUUUUGUUUCUGUGGAUGAAGAUGAGUAUGUUGAGAACUUGGUCCGCAGAGAAGCUCGUUGCUUUGGAUCCAAAGGCUUUGUACCCUUUACUGAUUGCUCUGCCUCUGACAUAUGCUGGUUGAAAACUGCUCGCUUGGAUUCGAUUGAAUGGAUUUUCAAUACAGGAGGAAAUUUUGGGUUCCAAUUUCAAACAGUUUAUUUAUCUGUCACUUACUUUGAUGGGUUUCUUUCAAAGCGAUCCAUUGAUGAUGGGAAAUUGUGGGCUAUUCGACUAUUAUCAGUGGCAUGUUUAUCCUUGGCAGCUAAGAUGGAAGAAUGUAAAGUGCCAGCUUUAUCAGAGUUCCAAGUCCAAGAUUAUAACUUUGAAAGCAAGGUGAUUCAGAGAAUGGAGCUAUUGGUCUUGAACACAUUGGAAUGGAAAUUGGGUUCAAUCACUCCUUUUGCUUAUCUGCAUUACUUUAUCAAUAAAUUCUGUGCUGAAUCUAGACCCAAAGGACUAUUCUCUGAUGCUAUAAGACUCAUUGUGGCAAUGGCAAAAGAGAUUGAUUUAAUAGAUACUCGGCCGUCUAUCAUCGCAGCAGCCGCAGUUUUAGCAGCAUCUGAUGGUCAGUUAACUAGAAAAAUGCUGGAGCUUAAGAUGAGUGUGGUCUCAUUCUUGCAGUCCCAAGAAAAUUAUGUGAGUCUACUAAUUGUAAUUUGUUCAUUAAUUUGUGUCUCUGCCACUUGUUACUGUUCAUUAAUCUUAAUUAUGUUACCACUGCAACAGGAACAUAUAUUUUCCUGUUAUAAUCAUAUGCAGGAAAUGGUGGAAAGAAAAGAUAAGACACCACCCAAGUUUUCAAUUUCCCCUAGUGUGUUAGCAAUCCAUUCAAGCUCAAUGGAUGUGCUUGAAAAUUCAGUUGGGACUAAGAGAAGGCUUACCUUCAGUGACUCUGAUCACAGUUGUCCAACAAAGAAAAAUCACAAGCCAUAGUUAGCAGAUUUUCUUCAGCAAAGGGUUGAUUUGGGGCAAUUUUUUUAUUGGAUUAUAGAGAUUUUACAAGUGAAAAAAUGAUUCUUGGUAUUAGAUGGGGUUUAUAGGUCUAAUGAGUGUGUGUUAUCUACCAAUUUAUGGUAUAUAUGAUUUGGAAUUUGAUGAUUGGAGUUCCAAUUUCCAAUACCAAACAAAAGGUUUCAGCUGGUGACAACCAAGAGGAUAGAGAAAAAGGGAAAGUAAAUAAAUAAAAGAGGACAAGUACUACUUUAGCCUACAGUAAGAAGUUAAGAAGCUGACUGAUGUCCAAAGCCAUUAAGAAGGGAAUGAAUUCGAAGGCCAAGAGAGUGGUAGAAGGCCAUUGAUGACCCUUUUGUCUAUAGUAAAUCUUUAGUAAUAUUUGCUGUCAUAGUGCCACUAUUGCUCACCCACUUUUUUUUCUUUCCUUCUUUCAAUUUUGGUGUAAUUUUUUCUUGUUAUUAUUUUAUUAUUUCUAUGUUUCAUGAAAGUGAACAUUUAUUUAUGUACUUAUACAUCACUUGCUAACCCUACUUUUAUGGGGGCGCUUGGGAUGCUUCUUAUCUGUCUUUCAAAAGGCUGAAAGCCAUGAGGAAUGAAGAAUUGUUUUUGUUUGAUUUGAUAUAUCUGUGUUGCAUUUGGGCCAUUGAAAGUUAUAAAAAGGUGAGUGUGAUUAUAUUUGC